CCCUAUAAAUGAAGUUCGGGAAGGACUCUGAUUCUGGAUCUGGGAAAAGCCCUUGACCAUGAGGCUGAUCCUGUUUUUGGGUGCCCUCCUGGGGCACAUCUACUGUCGAGAAACAUUCGUGGGAGACCAAGUUCUUGAGAUCAUACCAAGCAAUGAAGAGCAAAUUAGAAGGCUACUGCAGUUGGAGGCUGAAGACCACCUCCAGCUUGAUUUCUGGAGACCACCCAGCACCACAGGGGAGACGGUCCACGUCCGAGUCCCUUUUGUCAGUGUCCAGGCUGUCAAAGUGUUCCUGGAGUCGCAGGGAAUUGCUUAUUCCAUCAUGAUUGAAGACGUGCAGGUUCUGCUGGACAAAGAGGAUGAAGAGAUGCUCUUUAAUCAGAGACGAGAACGGAGUGGCAACUUCAACUUUGGGGCCUAUCACACCUUGGAAGAGAUCUCCCAAGAAAUGGACAGCCUGGUGGCUGAGUACCCAGGCCUCGUGAGCAAAGUGACCAUCGGCUCUUCCUUCGAGAACCGGCCCAUGAACGUGCUCAAGUUCAGCACUGGAGGAGACAAGCCGGCCAUCUGGCUGGAUGCCGGGAUCCACGCUCGGGAGUGGGUUACACAGGCGACCGCGCUGUGGACAGCGAAUAAGAUUGCCUCUGAUUAUGGACAUGACCUAGCCAUCACUUCCAUCCUGGACACCAUGGACAUCUUUCUGCUGCCGGUCACAAACCCCGAUGGAUAUGUGUUCUCCCAAACCAAAAAUCGCAUGUGGCGGAAGACCCGGUCCAAGGUGUCUGGAAGCCUCUGUGUCGGUGUGGACCCGAACCGCAACUGGGAUGCGGGCUUUGGAGGACCCGGGGCCAGUAACAACCCCUGUUCCGAUUCGUACCACGGACGCAGCGCCAACUCUGAAGUUGAAGUGAAAUCCAUCGUGGACUUUAUCAAAGGUCACGGCAAGGUCAAAGCCUUCCUCACCCUCCACAGCUACUCCCAGCUGCUGAUGUUCCCCUAUGGGUAUAAGUGCACCAGAUCUGAUCAUUUCGACGAGCUGAAUGAAGUGGCCCAAAAGGCUGCCCAAGCUGUGACAAGCCUGCAUGGCACCAAGUACAAAGUGGGACCGAUCUGCUCAGUCAUCUACCAGGCGAGUGGGGGCAGCAUUGACUGGUCCUACGACUCGGGCAUCAAGUACUCCUUUGCUUUCGAGCUGAGAGACACAGGACGCUACGGCUUCCUUCUGCCGGCCAGCCAGAUCCUGCCCACAGCCGAGGAGACCUGGUUGGGCUUGAAGACCAUCAUGGAGCACGUUCGUGACCACCCCUACUAGGGCUCUAGGGAGUUGGCACCAAUAAAACCUCUUGGGUUUGAAG